CAGUUGCCGUAAUGCUUUGGCUUGAACAACAUGUCCUAACUUCCUGCCAAAAAAAGUUGUGAACAAAGUUGACACUUUGUUAAGAAGUGACUAACGCCGACACUGACCUAGAGAAGAGAAGAAGAAAAAAAGGUUUUAAAGUGUGUCCAUUCGGAACCGGACAGAUAUGUACCUGCCAAUUCAUGUCCAAGACAGGCCUCAAAGUGCCGUACUGAUUUCAUCAUUUGUUGUGGUGAAUAUGAUUUGGUGGAUGGUGAUGAUUGCAGCCAUUGGUUUGGGGGCUACUCAUUUGAGCCAUUGUCCAGUGCAGCCCAACAUCCCCAUUUACCUAAUAGUGCUGGGAACAAUCCACCUCCUAUCUCUGUCUCUGACCUACACCCGGAAAAACUGGGGGGACGGCAUGGUCUCCGUCAUGUGCUCGACCUUGACGGCCGUCCUACACCUCUUCUCUUUCGGAUGGUUCUUUGCAGGCACUUUCUGGGUUUAUCCUGUCUAUCCCCCCAACUACACACCUGAAGCAUUUAGAUACUGCCACAAGACAACCUACCAGUUUGCCUUCGCUGUCACCACCCUGGUGUGGGUCGCUACAAGCCUCAUGUUCAUCUGCAGUUGUUGCUUCGCUCUGCUCACCUGCUGUAAGACUGUAAUUUCAGGACACAGAUUGAUACCCAACCGCUAUACUUUCUAUGGUGCAACAAGUGAUUCUCAUGAACCUGCUGGUGGUGAUGUGUGAUACAAAGUUUUUUUCAUGUUUUCAAAUAUAUAAAGAAUUGUAUAGUUCUCCAGUCUUCCUGUAAACUCUUGAAGAAAGGUGCCUUACUUCACUUGAGACUUACAGUAUGUAACAUUUUUGCCACAUUUCAAGGGUCAGUUUUGAUCGCACACAAGGAGCCUGAAUAAGAUAUGUCCAGCUUAAUUCAACAUUAGUCAUUAUCCACAUGUUGUGUAGUUUCAUUUAGGAACAGCACUGUCACAUCACAUGCUUCCUGUUGACACCAACAGGAAGCAGUUAACACUUGAGCCGAUAGAAGAGAUGUUAGAUAAACUAGUGGCGGUUAAUACUGAUUAAGCAUUGAGAUAGAGAAUAAAUUGUUAAUUCGUACAAAAGAAUAACUUGCCUUGCUUGCACCACUUAAGGUUGUAUAAGUACAAUGAACUGUGUAGUAUAUUCAAUAAA